AUGGAAGCUCAAGUCACAGAAAACGCAUCCGACUACAGAAUGUAUUUUGAAGAAUUCAGAAAUGACAAUCACAGUGUGGAGGAUGUACAGGUUGGGGAACAGAUAUGGCUGUCAAAGAUUGCAACUGGAUACAUGACAUAUCAUGGUUACGUAAGUCUAGUGAUAUGUAUUUGUGGCAUUCUUGCGAACAUAGUGAACAUCUUUGUUUUAAACACGAAAGAACUUCGUUCUUCGAGCAAUGCGAUCCUAACACUGAUUGCAGUCAGUGACAACAUCACCAUGCUAAUGUAUAUACCACAAGUUCUUCUCUUCAAUAUUCACGAUGCGAAUAUGCCUCUAUCUCAGUACUUCUCCUACAACAGGGUAGUAUACAGUCUCGUUGCAUCCAAGGUAACUUUGGCAUCCCACAACGUCAGUGUCUGGCUUGGGGUAUCUCUGGCAGUUUUUCGGUUCAUGCAGUCCAGAAGUAGACAUCACAUCCCUCGAAGCAGACGUAAUUUACAGACGGUCGCUUUAGUGUGUUCCGCCUUCCUGAUCUCUAUAGCUUCAUCCGUCCCGAAUUCUUUCACCAACAGAAUUGAAGCACAUACCCUCGAAAACAAUGAGACUAUUUAUACCAUUGAUUCUACUGCGCUCGUCACUAAUGAUCCUCAAAUUCUGGUGGAUACCAACGUCCUAUUGUACGCCAUUGUGGGUAAGCUCCUUCCCUGCGUGUUGAUGGCCAUGCUUGUCGGGGCAUUGGUACACUCUUUACACAAAAGGAGCAAACGAUUUUCGUUUGCUAAUAGAAAACGGUCAGUGUUGCUGGGGAGAACAAAUCGCCUCCUUUACGCCAUUGUUGUCCUCUUCCUUAUUACAGAAUUACCACAAGGGCUGCUAGUUCUGAUGUGUGUUUUCAUCUCUGGUCUAUAUGAAAAUGUGUAUAUUCCACUUGGUGAUUUUUUCGACGUCCUAGCUUUGAUUAACUGUGUGGUGAAUUUUGUAUUGUACUGUAUCAUGAGCAGUAAAUUUCGAAACAAAUUCAAAAUAUUGUGUUGCAGACAUGUACUUCGCAAGUAG